AUGGAUUUUUUAAAAUCAGCCGUUGCUUCGGCUAUUGCCAAAGGCAGCUCAUUUCCCUACAGCUUCGGUGAUCGAGUUGAUAAUAACGACUCCAUCUGGACACUUCACAAUGGUACUAAACGGGAAGAUGGUUCUGCCUGCAGUAUAUUUACCUUUGAUGUUGCAGCAAAUAAAUCCUGCCUACCCCUUGCCAGAAACGCCAUUCGUAAACAUCGCACCCUUAGACAUCCAGGGGUUAUUAAAGUAUUGGAAACCAUAGAGACAGACACAAACAUUUAUGUCGUGACUGAAAGGAUUACACCCCUAGCAUGGCCGGUAAAACGGCAGAGCCUGAGUGAGGAGACCGCGAAAUGGGGUUUAUACACAAUCGCUUCAACCCUUAAAUUUAUCAACGAAGAUGCAUCGUCGGUGCAUGGUGCCGUCAGGGUCUCUUCGAUAUUCACAAGUGAAAGUGGGGAAUGGAAGCUUGGAGGGUUUGAUAUUCUAAGCUCUAUGAAGGAAGACGAUGCUGUUAUAUACACAUAUGGUAGCCUUGUGCCAGAUUUAUCCCGCUAUACAUCACCAGAGAUUGCAGAAGGCGGUUGGGAGGCCAUCAAACGCAAUCCAUUACCUGCUACAGAUUCUUACGCUUUCGGAGCUCUUGUUUUUGAAGUUUUCAAUGGCACUUUUAGAGGGAAGGAACAAGCAGGCCAGACAUCAAAUAUCCCUCCGUCUAUGCAUCAAAGCUACAAGAGGCUCAUGAAUCCCAAACCCAAAUUAAGGCUGAGUGUUGCUCAUUUUUUGGAGCAGGGAACGCGUAGUGGUGGUUUUUUUGAGACCCCUUUAAUACGACUCACCCAGGAUAUCGAGAGUCUAGGUUUGAAAAGUGAUGAGGAACGAGAAGAAUUCAUUAAUGGACUAGAUGAGAUAUCGGAUGAUUUCCCGGAAGAUUUCUUUAAAAUGAAGGUUCUGCCUGAGCUGCUGAAAUCUGUGGAGUUUGGAGGCGGAGGACCAAAAGUCUUUGCUGCCAUCUUAAAGAUUGGCACCAAGCUCUCAGAGGACGAGUACACAAGUAAACUUACACCGGUUAUUGUACGAUUGUUUGGCAACCCGGACCGUGCCAUGCGCGUUUGUUUACUUGACAAUCUCCCGUUAAUUAUCGACCACCUUUCACAAAAGAUUGUCAAUGACAAAAUAUUUCCUCAGAUGGUGACCGGUUUUACCGAUGUUGCUCCUGUUGUAAGGGAGCAGACUGUAAAAGCAGUGCUUACGGUCAUUGAGAAACUCUCUGAUCGAACCAUUAACGGCGAAUUGUUGCGAUUUCUUGCCAAAACUGCCAACGAUGAGCAGCCAGGUAUCCGAACAAACACGACUAUAUGUCUUGGGAAAAUCGCCCGGAAUCUAGGGCAGAGUUCGAGAGCCAAAGUCCUAACUGCAGCAUUCAGUCGGUCGUUGAGGGAUCCGUUUGUUCAUGCCCGAAACGCAGGUCUUCUCGCUCUGGGUGCAACUCUGGACUUGUUUACUGAAGAUGACUGUGCAACGAAGUUGCUACCUGCAAUGUGCCCCUGUUUAUUAGACAAGGAGAAACUUGUCCGUGAUCAAGCAAACAAAACUGUUGAUUUAUAUCUUCAGCGCAUUCGCAAAUUCAGUUCAACGCUGCCGGAUACAGUUUUGCCGGCUCAGAAUGUCACGGAUUCCCGGGUCGCAGGUGUCGCACGAAUGGGGACACCGAACGAUACGUCCUGGGCAGGUUGGGCCAUUUCUUCAUUUACAAAUAAGAUCACUAGUGCGAAAGGUGAAAUCGAGUCCACAGCAAACGGGGUUCAAUCUGUUGCUGCAGGUACAGCCCGGUCCCCAUCAAUGCCACAUGUGGGAAUACCCUCGUCAUCCGUCCAGAUCAACAAAUAUAAAGAAACUUUACGUCCUGAGGCACCAUACCUCUUUCAAACCAUAUCUAAACCUCGACCUGAAGACCUUAACAAUCCUGUGCAGGAAGUUGAAGAAGACGCAAUCGAUGCAUGGGGAGCAAUGGAUGAUGACGGUAAAGGAGAUGAUGGAGAUGACGCCUUCUUUGACGCUAAGCGAAUUCCUUCCCCAAGCCCUGCUCCAUCUGCUACUCUUGUGACGUUUGACGAUGGCGGAGAACCGGAUUUUGCCGGCUGGCUAGCAGCUCAAUCAAAGGCAAAGGCGAAAAAGCCAUUACCUAAAGGGCUUUCCAAGUCAUCUACCGCAAAAGGUACGGGAUCUACACGGCCGACAGCCACGUUGAAACCUUCUGUUUCGGGUAGUAGGAGUUCGUCUGUAACAGCUAGGCUAUCGUCGCAACCAGCUAAAACGAUCGAUACAAAACCGAAAGAGAAUACAGCCGAGGACGAUUGGGGAGAUGCCUGGGACUGA